AAUUCAAUGGAUACUUAGAUAAUGCAAUGGAUACGUCGAGAGAGGUGAUUCUACAAUAAAUCGAUUUUUUGGAGGUAACGAUGGAUACGUCAAAAACUCGAAGAUCAGAUUUUAUGGAUAAUAAGGUCGUAUCCCCACCACCACCACCAUCGCCGCCCAUGGAUACGUCGCCAGGUCAUGCCUCACCAUUGGCGUCGCCCUCGACGGCUCGGUCGCCUUUCUCGUGGGGCCACCGGGUCAGUGAGGUCACCGAAGUGCCGCACUACGCCGCAGCGGUCGGGUCACCACCGGGUGAGACGGAACCACGUGGCCACUGUGAACACGGACACGGUCCAGCGGACUUGUGUAAUGUGUCUCCCAAGAACGUGACGUGUUCCACAUCAGGAGAAGAUCACUCGGAACGAAAGGGAGGAGAGCUCCGACAUCAAACAAUGGAAGUGGUAAGACGGCUUUGCGCUUUGUCAAAAGCGAAUGUGCCACAAUGUGUCAAAAAUACUACUACCUGCUUUAACGUAUCUAGUCAAUGAUCACAGAACAUAUACAUUUAAUGGUCAAAUUCCAUAUCAGAUCAAUUGCACCAAUAACAGCUAUUCAAUUUCCAAACAGCACAUCUUUUGUUCAAUUUCCAAACAGCACACUUUUGUUCAAUUUCCAAACAGCACACUUUUGUUCAAUUUCCAAACAGCACACUUUUGUUAAAUUUCCCCACUAUAAAUCUUUUUCAAAUUUUGUAUUUCCUCAUUACACAUCAACUUGGUGUCCCUCUAAUGUUAAAACACCGAUAGCAUAAUUUUGAGACCCCUUAAUAUUACAACUCUUACGACAUAAUUUUGAGAGCCCUUAACAUUACACCUCUUAUGACAUAAUUUUGAGACCCCCCUAACAUAAAACUCGUAUGACAUACUUUUGAGACCCCCCCCCAACCAAUAUUACAGCUACUAAGACAUAAUUUUGAGCCCCCCCCCCCAUAUUACAACUACUAUGAUGUAAUGUUGAGACCCCCACCAAUAUGACAACUCGUGUGACAUACUGUUGAGACCCCCACCAAUAUGACAACUCGUGUGACAUACUGUUGAGACCCCCACCAAUAUGACAACUCGUGUGACAUACUGUUGAGACCCCCACCAAUAUGACAACUCGUGUGACAUAUUUGAUUGCUUAGACGUCCCAUAUAAAUCUUUGUCCACCAACCAGUUUAGAGAAACGAGUUGUAGACAUUUAAGUACAAAAUCCAUUUCUGUGUAACAUCAGAUUCCCGGAAGGACCACUCACAAGGUCGUGUGCAGAUGGAAGACGUGCGGUCAGCUGUUCCCUGGUCAAAGACAACUGUCCACUCACGUCAACGAUGACCAUGUCCGGAUAGAGCGACCUGACCUUGACUUUCAUUGUCAUUGGCAAGGGUGUCCGAGGCUAGGCAAGGGAUUUAAUGCCAGGUAAGCAUUGUCAUUUGUCACGUGGAAGUUACUUCAAAGUUAUAGUUUAUAACAGAUGUAUGAGGGAAGACUGUGGUCAAGGUUUGACAUAUACGUAUAUCGCGUGCAGUACUCUAUUACCCCUUUAUUCGAGUAUCACCAGAGGUUGGAGAAAAUGUUUUACCCAAUUUAGACACACCCUCACCAGACUGACAGUUGAGACACUCUGUCAACAGACUGACAGUUGAAACACUCUGUCAACAGACUGACAGUUGAGAGAGACUUUCAACAGACUGGCAGUUUAGACACUCUGUCAACAGACUGAGAGUUGAGACACUCUGUCAAAAGACUGACAGUUUAAACACUCUUUUAACAGACUGACAGCUGAGACGUGCGUUCACUAGACUGACAUUCAGACACGCUCUCACGAGACUGACAGUCUAGACACACUCUCACCAGACUGCAUGACAGUUCAGACACACUCUCACCAGACUGCAUGACAGUUCAGAUACACUCUCACCAGACUGCAUGACAGUUCAGACACACUCUCACCAGACUGGCAGUUCAGACACACUCUCACCAGACUGACAGUUCAGACACACUCUCACCAUUAUGACACAAGCAACUUCACCCUUUCAUAAUGCCGAAAUUUAGCUUUUAAAAAAAAAAUUUUUUUUUCGUUAACAUUUUUUUUCCCCUCGUCAACUCUAUCUAUCUUCAUCUUUUUCAGAUACAAAAUGCUUAUCCACAUCCGAACCCACACAAAUGAAAAGCCCCACUCAUGUCCCAUGUGUAGCAAAUGUUUCUCGCGGCUUGAGAACCUUAAGAUUCAUACGCGCUCACACACGGGUAAGUGCACUCCUUAAUGAGUAAAAACGUGCAAACAUUUGAAGACUCUUCUCAAUGGUAUUUUUAAAAAAUAAGUUUUUCUUUAUUCCCUGGCUAAAGUAUACUUUUAUAAUUCCAAAGCAUUGCCCUAUGUCCAAUAGGGUUGGUCAUUUCUAAGACCGGAAAAGUCACAUUGCAUUACGUCAUGUUACUAUUUUUAGACAAUUUUUUUCGUAAGAAAUAGCUUCUAACAAUGUAUUUCCGCAUAUUUAAAGCAGUAACAAUUUGUAAAAAUCUUUCGUAAAAUAAAGUUGUAAACACGUUGUCGUCUAGUUUAAGACCCGCUACGCUGGCUCACAUUAACGUAGAAGUACCGAGCAGCUGUUGAGAGAUUGGCCAAACGGAAUACCAGGGUGUUUUUUAUUCAUAUCUUAAUAAGAUUGGCCAGACUGUACGCCCGGAUGUUCUUUGAAUCGACUUCCGGCAUGAAAUGACAACCCCCCCCCCCCUAAACGAAUGAAUUGUGAUCAAUGUGACCAUAAUUGAAACACAACUUUUAAAAUGUUGAUAAGAAGGUGCAGUCGUUAAGUUUUUUUUUUUUUUUUUGGUUUAUUUUUUUUUCAGGGGAGAAGCCAUAUUUGUGCACGUUUCCCGGGUGCGGCAAAGCGUACUCCAACUCGAGUGACCGCUUCAAACAUGUGCGCACGCACCAGGAAGAGAAACCUUACAAAUGCAAGAUGCCCGGCUGCCAAAAACAAUACACGGACCCGAGCUCGCUGCGCAAACACGUGCGCACGUACGGGCACUCUUUUGGGUUAGACGGUGCGGUGUCAAGGCGUGCGUCCGGUGCGAAGGAUUGUGGUGUUUUGGGGAUACGUAGUGUAAGAGUUGAUGUGAGUAGUCACCGUGACCUCUGCUCAAAAUAUCACAGCGGCGUCAACACGCACGUACCUCCUAGAACUCCUGAAGCGCUGAGUGGCAAUAACAGUUUACAAGAUGAAGCAAAAAGGUGCAAGCUAAGUGCCUUUGAAUACCCGUCAGGUAAUGUGCACGGCAAGGGAGAGUCUUUCGGCUUAAACAGAAACAUGCGCACUAACGCAAACGGAGAUAACGAGGAUUCACAUCUGAACAAUAUUUUCCUUUCUCUGUGCAAACAAGAGCUCCCAUCAGGAGACGACCGCGAAUCACGUGCCGCCAACACGUGCCCGUAUCCCGGAAAAGUUUUAGAUUUUCAAAUGCGAUGUCGCGAAAACCACGGCGGUAAAAUCCACCACGGCACGGGAAGUGACGUCAAGAUGCACACCAUGCCAGAUGUAAACAACAAUGUCUGCAAAACGGAAGAAGAAACGGAGACGAGUGUACGUUCUUCAGCACGCAUCUAUGACAGUGAAGUGUUAUCGCAUGCGGUACGCAGCCACACCAAGUCACCGGGGCUGGAAUAUAAGUCCCCACUCAACAGAACAGUCCCGUCGGAAGGCGAAAAGUUGAGUUUGGUUUCCACUUCAGAUGUGUCAAACGCUGGCCACUUACCAGCAGUCUCCUUAACCUCAACAAGACACUGGAAAAAGAGGAAGAUUUUGUGCAGCGAGUCAGAACAAAAGGUCGUUGCUCUCACAGCCAGCGCCCCUAUUGAAUCACACCGUCCAUGGCAACAAUCACCACACACACCCACACAAAUGGAGCAACAAUCGCCACAUCCGCCCACACAAUCGCCACACCCACCCACACAAUCGCCACAUCCACCCACACAAUCGCCACCCCGACCCACACAAUCACCAGAAUUAACACCUCAAAUACCCACACUUCCACCUGGUAUCCUUUGUCGGCCUCAGGCGUCCUCAACACCCCUCUCCCCCCUAACGGCACGCCCCUGGUCACCUGACCUUGAGCGGAACGUCUACACCCUUGCACAACAGAAAAGUCAAAGCUCUCAUACCGGCUCCCCAUUAAGCUCCUUUACUCACUCCCCAUUAAGCUCCUAUACCCACUCCCCCUUAAGUUCUUAUUCCACUGACAGCCCUCCCUUAGAAUUCCUCAAUUCCUCUAAAUAUUGCAGAAACGCAUUUUCUCCACCUUGUUUUAAAAACCCACCGUUGAUGACGCCAUCAAACCCGAACACGGCCAAAUGUGACCUCCCCACAGCAAACUGCCCCAUGUAUCCCCUGCUGCAGCUACCAUACUCAGACCAGCACCCCUUCAUUUGCUCCCCAUCCUCAGUCAGCUCUUGUCCGAAUGUUUCUCUGCCUCUCAUGUUUCCAUUACGCCCACAGAGCCACCGCCCUGCUUCCGCCUCAGACUAUCUGGGUGGCCACGGUCUGCACCGCUACACGCCUUCCACCGGUCCUUUCUUGUGUGACGGCAAACUUCACGAUUCCGCACCUGCAAGGUACCUGGUUUCGUUAACGCCUAUUCUAGACAUGCCUCCUGCACUCUCGCCUCUAAUGGAACUGCUUUAUCCAGUUCAUCUUUCACAUUACCAUCACCAGUAUUACUGACGAGCCAUGAAAAACACAAUCCUCACCUAUAUGCCACCCAAAUAUAACAUUACUAAUGGAGCACAAUUCCUCAAAUAUAUGCCAGUCAAAUAUAUAACAUUAUAAAUCCUUAAUUCAUGACACCUCAAAAGAAAGAGAGCAUUCUUGACAGCUUAUGUGAUAGUGUUUACCCAAUCACAAGUGUACAUUUAAUGCAUAACUAUUUAUAUUACGGCAAAGUGCGUAUUUUAUACAUCGUGCACUUUUUAGAACGUUUAAUUAUCAUGAAUCAUUCUUUCUGCCGGACAGUUGACUUGAUCGGAGUGGUUCUGCACAAUCGCCUGGUCACGUUACGGGGACCUCCACUCGGUUGACAAGACUUAACCCCUGGAGAUGCGUUAGGACGUAAUCAUCUUCUUAGAAGAUAGAUAAAAGCAACAAAAAAAAUUAAUAAUAAAAAUAGUGCUAUCGUUGUUCAUUUAAAAUAAAACGAACUAUAGAUUCGAAACAGCCCAUAGUUCCGGAACAAUCUUUUUUUUUCUUUUUUUUUUUAAAUUGCUAGCGGUAUUAAACCAUUACUGUUAAACACGGUAUAAAGUGAGUUUUUCAUCUUCUUUGGUGGUUAUUAACUGUUGAAUUAUAUUUAAUAUCUUUGCAAUUCGUGAUUCCUGUUGACGGGUGUUCUAUCGUGAUUUCUUAGACGGUUUAGAAUUGUAUUUCUUUUCCUAGCUCUUUUUUUUUUUCUAGGCUCUAACUAAAGUUGUAAACAUUCUCUACAACUUACACUCCCCAAAUAUUUCCUGAGCUUUCCACAGUCUGAUAUUAUGAACUUUAACCUAGCUAUUCUUAGCAUGCAGCCACAUUAUUGAUAAAUUGUGUAAACAAUACAUUGAUAAGCCUUGUGUUGUCACCACGGACUGAAUGGUUCAGUUAAGCUGCCGUCCUCUUUGAUAUUUAUGUUAGACAACUUUUAAGUUCCCAUUGCGUAAAUGACAAUGUUGUUGAGUGUUUAAGUAUAGACUAACGGGUAGAUACAAUUUUAUAAUCUAACGGUUAAAAAUAUACAUAUUUUGAGUUUUUGUUAGUUUUUUUACCAGUAGUUAGAAAUGGAUUCGUUAUGCAAUCAAAUUGAUUUUUAAAUAUGCCCUUAAAAAAUCAAUUAAUAAAUAAUGUAAUUUAUUUCGUAAUAAAAUAGGCUUCGUGAACAAUAGUGAACAUGUUUUAGCACAUUCAGUAGACAACGCCACCGUCUACUGCGAAGUAACUAUACCGUCCGUAGGCCGUAGCAAGUCCUCCCUCAACACGAACAAUUUUGCCUACGAAAAAAAAAAGUCUUUAAACUGUGAAGAAUUAGAGGAUAACAGUAACAGUAGAAUAGUGACAUUAACUUUAACAUAAAAUUAUUUGACUUCCGACCAGAUGAUUGCUGGGCCCGCCCCUGCUUAACCAAUCUUUCUAAGAAACAUGCCUAGAAAUGUAGGCCUACGUGGCAUAAUUAUUAUAAUGGUUUGUUUUACUAGCUGCCGACGAGUCCAUUGAGUUUGCUUCUCAAUUUUUCUCGAAAAGUUUCGAUAAUCUCUUCUAAAUAUUGGGCAGGCAUAUAGGCCAGCAUUCAUGCUAGGAUUUUAAAAACGUUACUUUUUUUUCUUUCUAUUUAAUAUUCAGAAAAUUUGUCAGCCAAUCUUUACCUUUCUAAAUACAAUAGUACAGUGGAACCCCGCUAUAACGCGCCCCGCCAUAACGCGAAUUCGGAUAUAACGCAGUCGUAGCAUGGCUCCCGAAAUUUGCAAUUCAUUUACUCCAUCAGGCCUAAGUUCUUUGAAAAUUUUAUACAUUGCUUGGAAAGCCAUUUUUUAAAGCGAAAAAAAUCACAACUUUUCAAAAUAUCGUAGAGAAUGAGCCCUUAAACGCACCAUGUUCAAACUAUUAUCAAAAUUAAUGCCGAAAACGAGGCUUUCUUCCGGUAGAACUAUAAAUAGUAUACACGUAUAUGUUCUCGGAAAAAAAGUUAAAUAUUGUAAAACCGCUUUUAACGCGACCCCGCUUUUAACGCGAUCCGAUUUUAUGGACCCCGAUCAUCGCGUUAUACCGGGGUUCCACUGUAUUAUUGUGCUGAAAAAAUAGAUGAUUGUUUCGUAUCCUAACAUAAACACUUUUUUUUUAAUACACUGUAGCCAAAAAAGUGGCCCCUCCCUUUUCUUCCUCAACUACCCAGGGAACAUUGCCAUAAACAUUAAAUCCAAUAAUUUCUAUUGGUAACAUUUACAAAGAAAUUCUAAUAAUUGCCGGGCACAAUUUAUUUUAUAAAAUAAUAUACACAUGAAUAUGUUAUGUUCAUUUUGCUUUUUUUUUUUAAAACAAGGGUUUUUAAACUGGAUUCAGAAAGCAAAAACUUUAUAUUAAAUGUGUCCAUAUUAUUUUUAAAAAAACAUUUAAGCAUUUAUUUUAAAAGACACGUAUAUUUUAUAUGUGAUAUUGUUUUUCAGGAAUUAAUUAUGAAGCCCAAGUUAAAUCUGUGUUUAUCAAAUUGACUGGAUUAUUAUGAUUUUUUUUAAAAUCUCUUCUAAGACUAUUGACCAAAGGUUAAAAAUUAACCUUCAGAAACUUGUAACAUUACAUAAAAUGAUUCACUCUCAUUGCAAAGGGUAUGGUUAACUAUUAAAUUUAAAAACUAUCAAAUUGAUUUCCGUAAAAACAACCAUCUAUAUUCUAUAUUUUCAAUUUCAAUGUAAUGUGGUCCUCUCUAAAUGGAAGUACUUUGACCACGCAAGGAGUUCUUGCUGCAAUGAAGAGUACAAUUACAAUGAAUAAUAAAUUAACAUUUGAGUUAAUUGUAGUUCAGCAAAUGUUUUUGAAUGUUUGAUCUUCAAAUAGCAUGUGUUCUAAAACUAGCUUUUAAAUCGAUUAUUUAAUUUAUUAUAAUACAAACAUACUAGCUGUAACAAUUUACUCAAUAAAAAAAAUGGUUACAAAAUGUAUGAUAAAUCUGCUAACAUCUCUCUUAACAUAUUUCUUACCACUGACUUCAUUAUGAUAACAUAAUUCUUACCACUGACUUCAUUAUGUUAACAUAUUUCUUACCACUGACUUCAUUAUGUUAACAUAUUUCUUGCCACUGACUUCAUUAUGUUAACAUAUUUCUUACCACUGACUUCAUUAUGUUAAUUUUUUUCUUUACUCUACUUAUUUUAGUUCAAUACUAAGACCCUUCUGACCACUCAUGACAAUUAUGUUUGUUUACUCAAAUUUCAACCUGUGAAGGCCCCUCUACCCUUCACCACAAUUGCGUGUUUGUUUAUUUAAAUUUAAACCGGUGAUUACAAUGUGUUUAUUUAUUAACUGUUAUUCCCAUUGGAGUUUCAAAUUAUUUUUUCUGGUGCUCCUAAAUUUGUAAUUUUUUAAAAACUUUUAUUCCCAAUGCUGACAAAACACUUCUGUUGCUAGCAGAAGGACAACUAAUUUAGAUUUAACAGCAAAGUAAAGAUCAAUUCAAUAUUUUUAAAGACUUCAUUAAAAAAAAAUGUUGACAAUCAUGCAUUAACCAAAUUCAUAAUGAUACCAUUAACUUUCAAUGUCCAAUGAAAACCAUAGACAACUUUGUGACUUUAGGAGUCACCGAUUGUUAAAUAAAUGUCAUUUCUGACAACUGCAUUCUUUAAGCCACAGCAUAACUGGGGUUAUUAAAAAAAAGGACUAUUUUCACCUGAUAAAUUAAAUAAUGUCCAGCACCAACUUAAUAUUGUUUUGGUUCCAGGAUGUUUUAUCAGGUCAUCCAUGUUAUAACACAAACAUUCCAAACACUUUAAAAUCUGCCCAAUAUUUUAUGAACUUUUAAAUCAGAGAAACAGAAAGAAAAUUUGUUAUGUUGAACUGACCCUUAUUAAUUUGCAAUAGUGGAUGUCAAUGAAUUAUUCCAUGUGAUGUGUUUAAAUUAAAUGAUCAUAUGUUAGUUAAAACUAUGUCCACAAAUCAGGUAAAAGAAAGCAAAGCUAUUUUUUUUUAAUACCUAAUCAGCAUUCAUUCAGAUGUUGGGCCAAAGGGCCAGUGUGAGGAGAAGUCAUUAGAUCAUGAUCAAUAAACUGAUUCAAUGCUUAUGUUGAUUAAGAAAAUCUUUUUAUUUAAGCAGUACUUACUAGCUGCUUUCCACUGAAUACAAGUGUGAAAAUUAUUUCAAUACUAUGUUACACUUGUUUCAAAAGAUGAUAUUUUAUAAGCCCACCUACUUUUUAAGAGACAUUUAUUUUUAAUUAUCCAUUUAUUAUAUUGAUGUAUUACUUACUAUGUAUUUACUUACCAUGUAUUGCUAAACAUCGACAAAAAAUUGUCUUUUGGACAAUUUUGCACAAAG